AUGGAGGAAGACGAUGAUGGCGAGCUCGACGGCGGUGGAGAGCUUUACGCCCAACAGGUCCGUUUGCCAGAAGAAGACCACGAGGAUCUGAAUCAACAGUAUCUCAGGAAAGGGGUUCUCGAGGGCCAUGGUGCACACAAGGUGCAACUGCCGUCGCUUCGACGUCGCUUCGGCGAGAGUCCCUCAUCUCGCCAGCCACGCCACGACCGUGAUGUACGCCAAGAGAGCCGAGAGCGUCGCCAGGUGCGCUACGAACGCAGACACCCUGCUCUUCCCUUCGCGUAUGAUCUGAGGUGCUGACCGACGUCUCCCCACUAGGUUGCUCGAAACUCGGGUGAGGUGCCCCGCUCCCAAGCACCCGACCUUGCAUUCUCGAAAGGUCUCAAGCAAGAGCCAGACGGCACGUCGAGUUUCAAGCGACCUACUGAAGCAACUCAAGACUCCAAUUUGGCUCGACCUACCAAAAAAGUGGCGAUCGUCCCUGCCAAGAAAGUGUCGACGAUCCCCAGGUCACAAACGAAGCAGGCGAGCGGAGCUGUCAUUACGAUCGAAUCGACGAACGGCGCCGUCGCGACCACCAGCGCCAAAGUACCAGCCGCUGGCGCUCGAGCUCAAGUAGCUCAGGGCACACCGCCGAAGCCGACCAUCAAUUGCAUCUUGCCAUCUACCGCCGACCAAAACCGAUCCAAGCCGCCCGCUGUGGAACUUCCUGUGCGACGGCCGACCGUCAGAUUCGCUCGAACCGAAGUCUUCUCGACUGCGGAUGGCCGAUCCACCACCGUCUCCGCCAAAGGCGACUUCCUUGGAGUUUGGGUGCCCAAGCACUGA